AAGAGAGAGUGUGGACGAGGUACUGGAGAGAGGAGAUUAAGAGUGCACAAAAUUACAUCCACACGUGCACUUCAUGUUAUGUAAGAGCCUUGACUGCCUCACUGUAUGCUGUAGGAUAACAGCAGCAGUAAGCAGACAGGCAGAGCAGAUGCUGUGUACAUACACAGGGAAACCUACACUUAAUACAGCAGGAGAAACGGAGAAGAAUCUGCCAUUUUUUGAAGCUAUGGGCAUUAGCCUGGAUGCACUAUGCUUGGAUGAGUUUGGAUAUUCAAUGACACUUCUAGUGAAAGGAGCUAUUUCUGAGAUUCCUUCAUGUGGCACUAUGAAUGGAUUAUAAUCAGCGAUGUUUAACUAGCUACGCAGAGUACUGUGAUCAGCUCAGGACAUAUCUGCUGUUUUGAUCCUUAUCUUGCGGCCCCUGGGGGCCUUUGAUCAUGACAUCCGCAUUGUCCUUGAUGUGGGUUGUGUGUGGACUGACGGUGUGGUUUCCCCACACUCACGGAGCCUCAGUGAACCCCAAUCUGCUCAUGACCGCCUCUGAUCCAACCACUGAUGAGCAACCAAUCAAUCCAGAGCAUCCGACUGAAUCUACAGAUCCACCCAGCAACAACACAGCCUCACUGAGCCCCAAUCUGCUCAUACCAACCUUUGAUUCGACGACUGAUGAGCAACCAGUCAAUCCAGAACAUCCGACUGAACCUACAGAUUUAUUCAGCAACAAUGACACAGCAGCCUCAGUGAGUUCCAUUAUGCUCAUGACCACCUCUGAUGCAAGUACUGAUGCACAAUCAAGCACGCCAAAACAUCAGAAUGGCUCUACAGAUCCACCCAGCAGCAACAACACAGGACAUGCGUGUAUUUAUGUGCUUCCCCCACGACGGGGAUCAUACUAUGUGGAGCACGGCACGGGGGUAUCUGUGGGAUCCAUGCUGGUGUUCUGGUGUAAGGAGGGCUACCAGCUGGUUGGCCAUGAGAAAAUCACAUGCAUCCUACAUGCGGGUGUCCCUCGAUGGAGCAGCUACCUGCCAGUCUGUGAGAGUAUCCCUCGGCCAAAUGACCAGGGACUUCGCAUUGCUUUACUGGUGUCUGUUGUGAGCGGGGUGGUCAUUCUUGUCAUGACUGUGUGCUUCCUCAUCUGCUGUUGUCAAGAGUGCAUGAGGAAAAAGAAGGAAAAGCGUCGGAUGGGUAGAAGCAGGAGAAAGGAAACAUGGAGCUCUAGGUCUCGGAGGAGCCCAUCCUGGUUGGAGCGAGAGCAUAUAGAUUGGGAGGCAUUCCCUCCACCUAAACUUUUCGGCCUGUCCCAGCGUCUUGACCAACCUCUGCCUCCUGGUAGUUCUGUUUAUUCAGAGGUCACCAGAGCCUAUGAGAACAGAGGGUAUGAGAGGAGUCAGGAGAGUCUGCUGAGAAGGCCCCAUAGCACAUACACUUCACACCAUGCCAACAGCCAAAUCUACCCAGCACUUGUUUUUCAGAGGGUUCCAAAUGAGCCAAUCCCCUCCGCCUCUUCUACCUCCCCAGUUUACAUACAAAUCUCUACACCCCCCGAAAACAAUGCCCCACAGGCCCUUACUGUUACCCACCCAUAGACUUGUCCUAACAGAUGCAACCAGUAGUCAAUUUCUCUCUUCAGCAGCACUGAAUGUGUCCAAGACAAUACAGACAACAUUGCACAUCUGUUGUGGGCAGAAGUGCUUUGAUAUUUUUAAUGUUGAUGUCUUUUAAUAUUUGCUCUAUUGUAAAUAUACUCCAUUUUAAGAUGAACCAUGGUUAUUUUUGUCAGAUCUUUGAUGGCACUAAAGAUCCCUAAUUUAAAUAGAAUUGUAAAUGGAAGAUGGAAGAACAUUUUAAAAUUGAACAAUCGAGCCAAGUCCUUUUGGAUUUGCACACUUUAGAAAUUUUCUUCAAGGUGGUGAACUUCCAUACAUUUUCAUUCUAUUAUAUUCAUAAUGUGUUGUAAAACAAAAUAUAUAUAUAUGUAUAAUAUAUAAAAUAUGUGUGUAUAAGCCAUCUGUAACCUAACUGUAAAAUCUGCACUUUAAUGCAUUUGUAAUUGUUGUCUCAAUAUUUUUUCCUGUGCUCUUAAAUGAGUCGGGAUGCCCUUGUUGAUUUGAGUAAAAUUUGCGACAUGGGUUUUCUUCAAAACCAGAACAAAUGUGGUAAGAAAUACAAAACAAUCUCUCUCAAUUUCAUUGGGUGGUAGACACCAUUCGUUUAGUGAACCAACACAGAAAUUCAAAUAAUUGUACUUAAUUUACAUGAACACAACAGAACAAGGACUGAUGUAUUUAAGAUCUUUCGAAAAGAAAGAUGAAAAAGGACACCGGACAAUACAAUUGAUAUCCUAACAAGAAAAGGUCAGUUUUUAUGUCUCAAUGUGUUCCGUAACUUCUUAUUUUAUUUGCUUAUUCACAUCAUA